AUGAGUCUGCAGAUUUUAAAUGCAGAAAAUGAAGAAAAUGGAGGAAACAUUCAGGAUGAUCUAACAGCGGAAGACUGUGGCUUAUUUGCGCCGCCGGAACCUACGGGGAAACCUUCCAUUCUACGCCUGUCCCAGAAGGAAAACUUACCACCAAAAAAUGUGGCUAAAACGAUGAAGGUGACCUUUCAAACUCCUCAAAGAGAUCCUCAGACUCGAAAAAUCUUAAGUCCUACUAUGACAGACAAACUUGAGACUGCUUUUGCUCUUGAUGAUUGCCAUGAAGACUUGACAGAUGUUUUCCAUGAACUUUCUGAUGCUGAGGUCAACAUGGACACAUGUCAACAAAAGACUGAAGCUGAAGCAAACAAGACACAAAUGCCAGAGAAGGUCAGCGCAGCUCCUUUCCCAGAUGAUGAGAUGCCAGUGAAGAGCUGUGGUUCCUACAAUCUUGAUUUUGAUAACUUAGAUGACAUCAAUCCUUUUCAAAGUUCAGUGCAGUUGCCUCAUUCUCCUGGAAAUCUGCAGAAGUCUCCUGUAAGAGUACCUGCCAGCCCUGAGAAAACUACUGAAAAAAGUCAUGAUUCUCUUCUGCUGGAAGAUACAGCUACUUUUGCUUCAACCACAGCAAGUACAGAGUGUUUAAGUGAAGAAUCUGCGCUGAGAGAGCUGGGGUCAAACAAAUCCAAGCUGUCCCCUAAGCAAGCAGUUGGUGACUCUGAGCAGGGUGUGAAGUCUGCUUCCACAGGUGUGAGCCAAACUGAUAAUGCAGUGGGAUUAGCAGAGGCACCUGAACCUCCUGUACAGUUACCUGGCAACUUAAAUUCCAGUAGUUCUGAUGUAACUAAUUCUUCUAAGACUGAUGAAUUAGAGCUUCAGAAUGUUUCAGUAGCAGAAAAAGCCUCUGCAGAGGAGUCAAAACCUGCUGAAGAGCUGGCUGCCUCUAAAGGAAAACCUGCAGAAAAGCCUGAUGUCACCAAGGCUGGACCAGUAAAACUGGAAUUUGACUAUGAUAAUACCACUGUUAAAAAACCACCUCCUAAGAAACUAGGUAAAAGACUUGGACUUAAGCCACCUUCAAAAAGAAUUCCUAUUGCCAAAACAAAACUAGAGAAUACUGAAGUGCAAAAUAAAAGUAACUUGGAAGAUGAAAUCCCUCUUCCUAAAGCAUCUUAUAAGUUUGACUGGGACAAACUUGAUGAUCCAAACUUUAACCCAUUUGGAGGAGGCUCUAAAAUUUCCACCUCACCCAAGUGUUCUAAACCUAGCCCUCAAAAAGUUCCCCUGCAAGAGGAACAGGAUAGUACCUCAUCCAGAAAGGAACCUCUUCCAGUGGAACAGGAUAACAGGCCAAGUACCUGUGACAUUCCUGAAAAAAGAGAACCCGAAAAUCAGGAAAUUGUUGAGCAGAGUGUGGUAGAAGAUAUGCCAGAAGCUCAAAAACAGAAGCCAGGAGUUCAAGCAGAAGCUGAACUUUCAGGAGAGAGAGACAUGGAGAAGCAAAUGAGCCCAUCCAAAAAGUCUCCAGCUAAUGUCCCCUCUCAAGAUAAUUUGGCUUCCUCUGGCAGUGGAAAAAAGUCAAUGUCUGCAGAAGAAAUUAAACCUAGUUCCCAGAGAACUGAAGUAACAGCAGAUGAGGAGACAGCUAAUGCUGAACCUGAAGAGAUGUUCAGACCCCCAUCAGAAGUUCUAGGAAUGGACAUAGAAAUAGACUAUCUGGAACAGUUUGGGACUUCCUCGUUCAAAGAGUCUGCCUUGAGAAAACAGUCACUGUAUUUGAAGUUUGACCCUCUAUUGAGAGACAGUCCAAGGAAACCAAUUUCUGAUGCUGUUGAAACAAACAAGAGUAUCAUGACAGCUCCACCUCAGCAGGGUCCUGCUGCUGAUUUAAGUACAUUGCUUGAGGAAGCUGAAAAGCCUCUAGUGAGUCUUCACGAUGAUGAAAAACCAAAAGGACUAGAUCUUCUGGGGACACUUGCAAGUUCUGACACAGGUCCCCUAUUUCCAGACUCUCAGAGUAGUGAUGUUCCUCCAGUCCCUUUUGCUGCUUCCACAAACACUGCAGUGGAUGCUAUUAUAGAUGUGCUAAAAUAUAGCCAAAAAGACAUGGAUGCAGCUGUUGAACUGGUUAAGAGAGAGGUUCAAGAGAAAGAGUUGGAGACUGAGGAAUGGAAAAAGAAGUAUCAUAAGCUUCAUAUGGAAUACAAGGAAAUGGGAAAAAUAGUUGCUGAGUUUGAAGAUACAAUAACACAAAUGAUGGAGGAUGCUCAGAAGCAGAAGGAAAUCGCGAAGAAAGAAAUGCAGAGGAUGGUGGAAGAGAAGCAGCAAGUUGUCUUGGAUCUGAACUCUAUGGAGAAGUCUUUCUCUGAACUCUUCAAACGAUUUGAAAAACAGAAAGAUGUGCUAGAGGGUUACCACAGAAAUGAAGAAGCUCUGAAAAAAUGUGCUGAAGAAUACUUGGCUAGAAUUAAAAAAGAGGAGCAGAGAUACCAGGCACUCAAGGCACAUGCUGAAGAAAAGCUGCAGCAAGCAAAUGAGGAAAUCGCCCAGUUACGAAGCAAAUCGAAGUCAGAGAUAGCAGCACUACAGGCCAGUCUGCGCAAAGAGCAAAUGAGGAUCCAGUCUUUAGAGAGGAGCCUGGAACAAAAGACUAAAGAAAAUGAUGAGCUAACAAAAAUCUGCGAUGACUUGAUCUUGAAGAUGGAAAAAAAUUGA